AUGUCUUUCACGUCCUCAGCUUCCGAAAUCUACCUUACUCGCGUCGGCGAGGAAUUGGUCUUGAAUGAAGGUGUCAACCUCGCGACCAAGUUUCCUCCUGUGAAGCGCGUCUUGGUCGUUGGUGGCGGCGUCACCGGUCUCACUACUACUUGGGCUCUGCUUGACGCUGGCUACGAUGUGACAGUCGUCUCCGAGAAAUGGGCGUCAUUGAGCGACCGCAUCACCUCCCAGAUUGCUGGUGCACUCUGGGAGUGGCCUCCUGCUGUGUGUGGCAAGCACACCAACUUGAUCUCGCUGGACAACUCCAAGCGAUGGUGUCUGACUUCCUACCGCGCGCUGGACAAGCUCAUGAAGACCCUCCCUGUGGAAGAGCACGGUGUGCGCAUGCGGGCAGCCAACUUCUUCUUCGAGCAAUCGUUGAAUGACAUGCCCGGACAGCUGGAGAAAAUGAACGAAAUUGAGGCUGAGAAAGAGAUCCAAGGCUUCUUGCACGACCCGACACUGGUCACCAAACAUGCAGUCAACCAAAAGGCCGGAGUCGUUGACUCCUACCGCCACCUCGCACCUGUCAUCGACACCGACCACUACAUGACCUGGCUCCGCUACAUCGUUUCGAAGAAAGGUGCUCGACUGGUAACCGCUAAGAUCUCUGGCGAUUUGCUUGCCCAAGAAGACAAGCUUCUCGCCAAGUACAACGCCACAGCGAUCAUCAACUGCACCGGACUUAACGCGUACGAGACCGCUGCUGACAAGACUGUCCUUCCUCUGCGUGGUGCAUUGAUCCGCGUCAUCAACGAUGGAAAGAAGUUCCCCAAGGUCACGGAAGCUCUAUGUGUGUCUCAUGAUGACACCCACGGGGCCGACGCUGAGGACAUUGUGUUCAUUGUCCCUCGCAAUGACCGCACUCUCAUUCUGGGAGGCCUUGUCCAGCCGCACGUACACACUCUCGAUCUGACCAUCAACAGCCCCGAGAUUGUCCGGAUGCGCGAGCGUUGCAACGCCUUCGUGCCGGGAUUGGAGAAAGCUGAAUUGGACCCGGACCCGUUUGUCCAGGGACUCCGCCCAUUCCGCGAGGCCAACGUCCGUGUCGAGAGGGAACAAAGGCUAAGGCCAGACGGGUCUAUCAGCCACAUCAUCCACUCGUACGGACAGGGAGGGUCUGGAUUCACACUUUCAUUUGGCUGCGCGGCCGAUGUGAUGGGUCUCCUCGAAGAACUGGAGGCUGAAAUCCCGUACUCGUCGAGGAACGUAGCUGCACGCGCCCAUUUGUAA